UCAUUUUUCUCACAUAUUUAUCAUUUAUGAGAAAAAAAGCUGGCUAGUACCUGUAUAAAGACUUUGUAUGUUUAAAUUAUACAUAUGUAAAUUACAAAGUAGGAAUUAUUCGCUACGAGAAAAAGAUAGAUCAAAACGUCUAAAAUGAGUCAAAUUAACACUAGUAGUAAUCAUUAUGUGGAAAGUAUGAAACUCUUUGUUUCGACGACUUCAAAUUUUAUAAAUAUAAUCAACGUUGAAUUAUUUACGGAAAAAGACACUGUAUUCAAAUUACUCGAUAUUAACAAUAAAGCACAAUGACACACGUAGUUCCAUAAUUCACCGCAGUCCAAGAUUACAAUUCAUUUUUGACUCAUUUAUCUUUGUAGUUACAAUCAUUAUUUUUUCAAUUUACAAAAUUACGUAAAAAUACUCGAAAAAUAAAACCAUGAAAGGAGCGUUGCAAUAUUCGCAGAAACAAUGAAUUGUUAAGCUUCUUAAAAAGAUUACCGCUUAUAGGAUGGACAGAAAUUUAAAUUCAGUUACAAAAAACAAUUUAUUUAUAAACUAUUUGCAAAUAAAAUUGUUCUUAUUAUUCUCAUAGUAAAUUCUCAUUUUCAUGCUGCUUGCUUCUAUGAACUCUCGGUGGAAUACUAUUCGUUAUUUUGAUAUACGAUUGUAUCCAAUAUACAUCACAUACAUACAUUAUCAGAACGUCCAAUCAUCAGAAGGUUGUAUAAUUCUCCAUAGUGUAUCUCAUAUACAUAUAUACCUAUAUAGCUAUAUACGUAUAUAAUCCAUAUAGUAUUUGUUUCCCCCAUCAAAAUUGUCGACGCCAGUAACUGUCGAUAUGAAAUCUCGUCACAACAUUUCAGUGCGGUAUUUACAUUCGAAACGUUCCAAAUAAUAAUGGCUUCAAAACGGAAACGAUAAAUGUUGACAGUUGCCGAAAAAUACGAAAUCCUUCAGAUGAUAGAAAAAGGUGAGUCUAACAAAAAUGUAGCAGAAAAGUUCGGUACUAGACUUUACAACAUCAGACGUAUAAAAGCAAGAAAACAAGAGAUAACAAAAUAUUUCAAGGCCAGUACAGAGCCAGAUAGCCGUUCCGCAAUAAUUAUAAAUUCGCCAUACAUUUAUAAGGAUUUAAACAAACUUCUUCGCCAGUGGUACAUACGAUGUACAGUAAAAGACAUAAAAUUAACAGGACCAAUGAUAUGCGAAAAAGCUCAGGAACUUAAUAAACAAUUAAAAGAUACUACUUUUAAAGCCAGUCCUCGUUGGGUAUCAAAAUUUAGACAACGUCACAGUUUGCGUAAAGCGGAUAUCGGUAAAGAUUUAGAAACCCCAAAUCAAGCCGAGGCGGAUAUAUUCAAAGCUGAGUUUCAUGAACAUAUACAAAAGGAGGGGUACAGAUUGGAGAACGUUUACAAUGUCGAAACCACAGGACUCCUGUGGAAAGCAGUACCAGAAACAACAUUGCUCUCUCAGAAAUUGAAGUCAUUGGGAAGGAAGAAGGGCAAAGGCCAAAUUACUAUAUUUCUCUGUGCAAAUGCUACCGGAUGUCACAAGCUGCCGGUACUAACAGUCUGCAUGAUUAAGGAUCCUCCAUCUAUCAAGUGUUCAUCCGCAAGAGUUCUGUCAAUUAUGCACAAAACUAACGCCAAGCCUUACAUGGACAGUAACAUAUUCAAUGAGUGGUUUAAUCAAUGUUUCUUAAAAUCAGUUACAGAAAGACAACAGAAAAACGGACAGAGAAGACUCUGUUGUUACUAAAUAACGCUGGCUUGGAUCACGAAAGCAGGAUAAUAAGUACAAAAGAUGAAUUUGUUAAAAUCAUGCAUUUUUCAUAUGACGCUGCACCGCUCAUACAACCAAUGGAUCGUGGAAUAAUCGCAUGUUUCAAGCGAAUGUACCGAAACGAAUUACUGGAAUCAUUAAUGCCAACAUCUACCAGCGUUUCAGAGCAAGAACUUAUACACAACUAUUCCCAAUUAAAAAUAGACGAUUGUUAUCAUAUGGUAAAUAAUGCUUGGUCAAAAGUCAAGAAAAGUCAAGAAAAGAGAAGGAUGAAAGCGAACAGAGUUCGGAAGAGUUCGAAAUAAUAAAAAAAGACAUAAAAGAAGCACUUGAAAAACUAAAUACAUUACCAGGAUGCGGAGGGUGCGACAGUGUCGCUGUGAUGAACUGGUUUGAAACUGAUAAGAAAAAUAAUACCGACAUACAAGUCGAUAUCAAAAAUACUCUUACAGAUUUUAUAAAUGUAGCUAUGAAUACAGAAGCGAACAAACUUAGUGAUGAGAACUUUGAAAAUAUGCUUGAUGAUAGCUCUUCAUAAAAGGCCUAGAUGGUUUAAAGUACAAAAUGAAAGUAACUCGGAGAAACUACUUAUAUUAAAACCCUUUGCACUCGGGACCUUUGUCGCGCGGUGCACCAGCGACUCGAGACGUUUCGCAGCCUUUUUGACGCAUUUCUUACCAGUAACUUGAGAUCAUUGCACACACAAAUUAAUGUAUAAAAUUUUUAUAUUUUAACAUUUUAUAUAUCUUUACACCUUUAUAAACAUAAUUUCUUAAAUAUUAGUCCCUGUAAUUUUUCUGUGUAUGAUAUUUCAUAUAACAAUUCCCAAGAUGCAUACCCGGCUUGUCGGAGCAAGUAUUACAAUAAUAUGUCGUUUGAUGCCUUUUUCCGGUUUUAUUUCUCUGAUGUUGAAGUGGUCACCACUUCUAAGAAAACUCUACAUCUGUUCUUUUUAGUUUUUUUAAGCACUGAAGCCAUCGACAGCGUAUAGACAAAAGACUGGGACGA